CGCACAGAGCAGGAGUGCGCCAGCAGCCCAGCAGCAGGGCCGACGCCGCCCCUGCACCCAGGGCUGUGGUGGCUGGGCUGGGGCUGCCCCGUCCCUGCCUCCCUGGACCCAUGGACGACAUCAUCUCCAGAGAGACCAAGGACCCUGGAUUCCUCCAGUGACAGGGGUUUGGCCUCUGGACACAGAGGUCCCUGGAUGUUACGGGUCGGAACCCUCUGGACCCCCAAGGACUGUCCUCACGGCCCAGGACUAGCCACGGCCUCUGGGAAACGUCUCAGGCACCUUGUCCACCCAGGGCAUGGGCACCCGUGACGACGUCCCCACAGCCAGGGUUCUGGCUCCGGUGGCUGUGUACUGCGGGAGUGUCCCUUGGACCAGCGCUGGGCUCCAUGUGCUCCUGCCUGGAAGCGUUGACUCCAGUCUGCCGGCUUGUGGAGAAGCCUCUCUCCAGCCCACGCCGAGCAUCCUGCUGAGCAGCGAGAAGCCGUCACAGCUCCUGAGUGGACAUGGGGACCCAGGUAGCCUCAAACUGGAUGCCCCUUUGAAGGGCUGGCAGGCCAGGAAUGGUCACCCCAGGAGCCUCAGGGCCCUGUCUUUGGGGCCCCACCCCCUGGUAGAGUCGGAGGCCAGCAGCGUGGCCCGGGACACCACCCAGAUCAAGGACAAGCUCAAGAAAAGGAGGCUCUCAGAGGGCCUGGCGGCAUCUUCCCCAGCCUUGCUGGAUCCCGGGGGAGGCCCCCGAGGAGCUGCCCUGAGGAGCACCAUCCCCCGCGCCACCUCUCAGAGGCUGCUGAGGGUGUCCAGGCUGAUGCCUCCCAUCCAGAGCAUCCCCACCACCCCCGAGGCCAGCGGGGCCAAGGAGAAGGGCCUGGACCCUUCCGGGAGCGGCCAGAGACCCCAGGAGUUGAGAUCCGGCACCCAGGAGGUGCAGAUCUCCCCGCAAGUCCUGCACUGCGAUGACGGGAAGAUGUGGAAGUCGCUGGGGGACUUUGUGGUCCCGGCCAUCCCUAAGGCCGGUGUGCAGGUGGCAGCCUCCUCCUGUGCACCUGGCGCCCUUCCCAGCCCAUGGCCUCCAGGCCGGGACACGCCCACAGGCCUGAGGGCCCCACGCACACGAUUGGUUCGGGAGAGCGGGCCUCAGGAGAAGACCCCUAAAUCUCUGGGGCCAAAGCCUGCCGCUGCGGGGAAGCCGGCCCUGCCCUCUUCUCAGUCAGCUCCUGUGCUCACAGCCUUCUCCCUCGGCCACGCCAGAGAAGCCCACCCCUUGCUGAAAGAAGAGGACCAGAAGGAGAGCAGCAGUAAGAUCCAAGUCACCAUCUCCAAGUCUGCGCAGGAGAAGCUGCGGCUGAAACAGAUGAGGGAGAUGGAGCAGUUCCGGAGGGCCAAGGCGCCAGAGAGAGAGAGGGAGCUCGGCCCCCAGGGCGUGGGCUCCCGGAGAAUCAUGAUGAAGGAAGGCCUCCUUCCCCUCCGCGGCAGCGGGACCCUGUCUGUGCCUACUGGGCUGGGCAGCCCACGCAGAGACAUCGGUAGCACCCUGAGGAAGCGGGCCAACCGGUCCUCACUGCCCAGCAUCCCCGUCAGCAAGCAGGAGCCCCACUUCGCCCGCCAUGCUUCAGCUAACUCGUUACCUGCGGUGCUAACUUUGGGGUCUCCCGAGUGGGAAGAAGAGGAGGAGGAGAUGGAUCUUAGAGCCCUUAAAGAGUUGAGGCCUUUCUCAAACCCGGAGCUGGGGUUGGCAGAUGCCCUGCAGUGCCUCAACAGCAGCGACUGGCAGCUGAAGGAGAAGGGACUGGAGAGCAUCCAGCGCCUGGCGGCCUGUCAUGCAGAAGUCCUUGCUGGGAGGCUGCACGAGGUGUCCUUGGCGGUGACAGGGGAGGUCACCAACCUCCGCUCCAAGGUGUCUCGCUUGGCCAUCGGCACCCUGGGAGAGCUCUUCCGGGCCUUGAAGAAGAAUAUGGACCAGGAGGCCGAGGAGGUCACCCGCUGCCUGCUCCAGAAGAUGGGGAACACCAGCGAGUUCAUCCAGAGAGCAGCCAGCCGGUCCCUGGGGGCCAUGGUGGAGAACGUGACGCCUGCCCGCUCCCUGGUGGCCCUCACCUCAGCAGGCAUCUACCACCGAAACCCCUCAGUCCGGAAAUGCACAGCUGAGCACCUCGCAGCCGUCCUGGAGCAGAUCGGCGCGGAGAAGCUUCUGUCGGGCACCAGGGACAGCACAGACAUGCUGGUGCACAACCUGGUGAGGCUGGCCCAGGACUCCAACCAGGACACCAGAUUUUAUGGCCGGAAGAUGGUGAAUAUCUUGAUGGCAAACGCUAAGUUCGAUGCGUUUCUGAAGCAGUCCCUCCCGUCGCAUGACUUGCGGAAGGUCAUGGCGGCCAUUAAGCAGCGGGGAAUAGAAGAUAAUGAUAAACUUCCAUCUGCCAAAGGCCACAAGGUGUCACGGAGUCUGGUGUGUGAGAACGGGCUGCCCAUCAAGGAGGGACCAGCAGACCCCUUAACCACCAGAGUGGCCAGCCUGGGACUAGUUCAGAGGCAGAGCUGGAACAAAGGCAGGCUCAGCUCCAAUGGCCCACGGCUGGCGGGGCUGCGCUCCUCCCUGCGGGGUGCCGGGGAGAUGGGGGAGCAGCUGCGGGAGCUGACACGGCUGCUGGAGGCCAAGGACAGCCGGGCUCGGAUGGAGGGCGUGGCGCGGCUCCUGGAGCACUGCAGAGCCCAGCCCGAGCUCAUCACCACCCACCUGGUCCAGGUCUUUGAUGCUUUCACCCCGAGGCUUCAGGAUUCCAACAAGAAAGUGAACCAGUGGGCACUGGAGUCCCUUGCCAAGAUGAUCCCCCUCCUCAAAGACAGCUUGCAGCCCAUGCUGCUCUCCAUCAUCAUCGCUGUUGCAGACAACCUCAACUCCAAGAGCUCAGGGAUUUACGCUGCUGCGGCCACUGCACUGGACACGAUGAUCGAGAGCCUGGACAACCUGUGCCUCCUGCAAGCGUUGGCAGGGCGGGUGCGCUUCCUGAGUGGCCGCGCCGUGCUGGACGUCACAGAGCGCCUGCCGGUGCUGGUGGCCUCAGUUUACCCCCGGAAGCCUCAGGCUGUGGAGCGGCACGUCCUUCCCAUCCUCUGGUACCUCCUCAACAACAGGCUCGGUAAUGUCCUGUCCGGGCAUGGCAGGGACGCCCGCGCGGUGGUGCGACGGCUGUCCAGGAGCCUCCAGGAGCACAUGGGCUCCCGCCUGGAGGAUGUGGCCGCUGGCCAGCCAAAGCAUGUCCUCAGAACGCUGCAGGAACUCUUAGACGUGGAAUCCCUGGGAGGCAGCCCCAAGGCCACCGACACAGGGGUGGCACCUGACAGCAAGACAACUGGCAGCUCACACCCCUUUCAGCUGGAUUAAAGACGGAUCUGAAACGGACAAUUAUUGUUUUUUUAUCUUAUUUUAUUUUUAUGAUGGAAUCAUCUCCUGAUCUACUUUCCCCCUUAGAGUUCCAGAUGUAUUUUGAGGUAGAAAUAAAAGAAUUACUUAUUUUUCUAAGGUUUUA